UCAGCUCUACUGUGCAGAAGAACCUGCUCCUCGGUCCUACCUGUUCCUCGGGCUAAGCGGUGUCCUGUCUGCAGUCUCUGGUCAUCUCCUGUACUAUGUCCGCAGUCUCUGGUCAUCUCCUGUACUAUGUCUGCAGUCUCUGGUCACCUCCUGUACCGUGUCCGCAGUCUCUGGUCACCUCCUGUACCGUGUCCGCAGUCUCUGGUCAUCUCCUGUACUAUGUCCGCAGUCUCUGGUCAUCUCCUGUACUAUGUCCGCAGUCUCUGGUCAUCUCCUGUACUAUGUCCGCAGUCUCUGGUCAUCUCCUGUACUAUGUCCGCAGUCUCUGGUCAUCUCCUGUACUAUGUCUACAGUCUCUGGUCACCUCCUGUACCGUGUCCGCAGUCUCUGUUCAUCUCCUGUACUAUGUUCGCAGUCUCUGUUCAUCUCCUGUACUAUGUCCGCAGUCUCUGGUCAUCUCCUGUACUGUGUCCGCAGUCUCUGGUCAUCCCUGUACUGUGUCCGCAGUCUCUGGUCAUCUCCUGUACUAUGUCUCUGGUCUCUGAUCAUCUCCUGUACUAUGUCCACAGUCUCUGGUCAUCUCCU